AUGUCGGGCUAUAUUGAUUCUGGCAAGUCCUUAAAAAAUGACGAUUAUCCAUCUCUUAAUAGCCAGAGAAUGCAAAGUUCUGGACCUAAACAGAGUUGGGCCAAACGACCAGAUAACUAUACAUAUUUUACAAGUAACGCCUCUUUUUUCCACCAGUUUCUUAAUAGGCGACAACAAGACAUUUUACUUUUUCACAAAGAUAGUGGUCAGCCUCGCGAUCAAGUGAUCAUCAAUAAUACUUUACUAUGUGGUGCUGACGAAGGGUCAGCUUUCCUUUUGCUAGUUCUUGUGGUCAGUAGGCCCCUUAACAUGGAAGCUAGAAAUGCUAUUCGAGAGACGUGGGGCAAAGAUCUAAAGGAUAAAGGGGCAAAAUUGGGCUUUGUUUUAGGCUUUCCUACAGUGGAUAGUCUUCAGCGGAAGCUUCUUCAAGAGAAUUCUGUCCACAAGGAUCUGAUCCAGGGGAACUUUCUGGACACCUAUUUCAAUCUCUCAAUAAAAACCCUCGCCUUGCUCAGAUGGGCAUCACUCUUCUGUUCAAAGGUAAAGUUUGUUCUGAAAUCCGACGAUGAUAUGUUCAUUAAUAGCAGGGCCUUGCUAAAAGUAGUGAAGACGCGAAACGACACCCGCACGAUCCUUGGAUUGCUGGCCCACAAGUGGCCUCCCCAUCGGAAUAAAAAGAGUAAGUGGUACGUACCCCCAGAGAUCUACCCCUACGAGUACUAUCCAGAUUUCCUGGCUGGUCCAGCGUAUCUCAUUUCCGGAGACGCUACGUCGUUGCUCUACGCUGCUAGAGAAAGCACGGUCUUCUUUUACUUGGAAGACGUCUAUAUAACUGGAAUAUUGGCAGAGAAAGCUGGAGUUCGCCGCCUAGGUCUCUUAGGGUUGAACAAUGUUCGACAAACUUUCAAAGACGUCAUAUCUCAGACGGCAAUAACUAGCCACGGUCACAGCCCUCGAUCGCUCCGAAACUGGUGGAAAUUGGUACUUCUUAAAACAAUGUAUUCACCUAAAAACAAUGAAACAAUAAUUAACACAGCAACAAUAACAACGCUGUCAAUAGGUCUUAGCAACAAUAAAAAACUUUUAACAGACCUUAGCAAGAAGAAAUAA